AUGGCUUCGACCAGAAUUUCCACCGUCGACAUUCCCAAGUCCGAUAACUGUGUUCGCGUGAGGAUGAUAGACGCCGAAUGCAACAUGACCUUGGGAUCUGAGCACUUCUUCCAACCGACCGUUCCGGGUCAUGAGAUCAUGUACAGUACUGACGUGGCGUUCCUCAUCGAUAAUCCACGACUGGGAAAGAAGGCAAUGUUUGACCUUGGCACGAGGAAGGACUGGUGGAAGCAACCCCCAAUGAUCACUAAGAGGCUGGGCACUUUUCUCAGAUACAUCAAAGUGGACCGGGACGUGACUGAGAUUCUGGAGGCCGGAGGCGUUGAAUUGAAGUCCAUCAAUGAUAUCAUCUGGUCGCAUUACCACUUCGACCAUACGGGGAGCACGUACCUCUUUCCCAAAAGCACUAACCUGAUCUAUGGGCCUGGGACAACGGACAAAUUGCUUCCUCCCUAUCCUGACAACCCCCGUUCUCCCAUCGCAAUUGAACAUCUGGAAGGGCGCAAAUGCAUCGAGGUCACGAUGGAGACCUGGAUAGGAUCGCUGCCCGCCCAUGACUUCUACGGUGACGGCUCUCUCUACCUCCUCGACACACCAGGCCAUGCGCCAGGCCAUGUCUGUGCCCUAGCACGGACGACGCCCGACACCUUCAUCUUCAUGGGUGGGGACGUCUGCCACUUUGCAGGAGACUUCCGGCCGUCGGAGGACUAUCCUAUGCCCGACCCGAUUCCCGAAGGAGCACUAUACAAGGAUGCUCUGUUGCCAACGCCGUGCCCGUGCAGCUUCUUCACCGACCACCAUCCACGGGGGGCGCACGGGGAGGAGGCACGAAAGACGCCGUGGUACGAGAUCUCCCGACACAAGCACUCUUCGUACGCGGAUCCGGAACUCGCCUCUCGGACUGUCCAGUCCAUGGCCCAAUUCGACGCCCGGAAGGACGUUCUGGUCUGCCUCGCACACGAAACGAUGCUGCCUGUCCAUCUGCCGACCUUUCAGAAAGACCCGGCCGCCGACUUAAAUGCGUGGCAGGAAAAGGCCUGGAAGGCCCGGGUCGACUGGGGCUGGUUGAAUGAGCUUCCCAGAAAUGGGAAGCAGGCCAGAAAGGAUCUCCCAGAGGGUUUUUACAGGGAUGGGAAGCUCUGGGAGACGGCGAGAAAAGAGCUGGGCGAAAUGGAUUGA